GGGCGGAAGUAGUCACUCUGUACGUCCAUGGCGCCGGCGGAAGCUUCACUGCUCCUGCUCCGAUGUGUGGUGCCUGCGCGGUCACCUCAGCUGUUCACCGCGAGAAGGAGACUCGGCACUGCGGGCUGGAAACGCGUCUGAGACUGUUUGAGAUGCCAGGUCCAUGGGUGUGAGUCGUCUGGAUGUCUUUUACAGAAGGCUGCUCCUCACCAAGCUCUUUAUUGGAGGAUGGGGGAACCCCGAGGAUCUCAAGAGAAUUUUUGAAUUCCGUAAGCUGAUUGGAGAUAGGGAAAAAUGUAAGAGCCUGGUGCCUGAGGAUUAUCCAGUUUACAUCGACAAGAGCGAAGAGCAUUCUGAUUGCCAUAUACACAAUGGCUAUUUCAUUUCUCCUCUGGUCCAUCUUGUCCCUGGAAUACUUCCACGUGAAGCCGUCAAUGCCAGGUUCCAGUUCAUUGUUCCCAAAAGGUGGCAGAAGAACAGGCCAGUCUGUGUCCACUUGGCAGGGACCGGAGAUCAUUUUUUUUGGAGGCGGCGGACCCUUAUGGCCAGACCUAUGAUCAAAGAAGCAGGGAUGGCCUCACUACUCCUGGAGAAUCCGUAUUAUGGCUUCCGCAAACCCAAAGACCAGCUGCGCUCCUGUCUAAAGAAUGUCUCAGACCUGUUUGUGAUGGGAGGGGCUUUGAUCCUGGAGUCCACCGUGCUCCUCCGCUGGCUUGAAAAAGAAGGAUACUGGCCACUGGGAAUGACUGGCAUCUCAAUGGGAGGUUAUAUGGCAUCAUUGGCAGUAACAAACUGGCCAAAGCCGAUCCCGCUGAUUCCCUGCUUAUCCUGGUCAACAGCCUCCAGUGUCUUCACCACUGGUGUCCUGAGUAGAGCUGUGAACUGGAGUGAGCUGGAAAAGCAAUACACCUUCAACUCGGUAUAUGAGAAGGAGAUAAUCCAGCUUUUGGAAUACUGCGGGGUGGAUUCCUUUAAGAUGGCCCAGGAGCCUGCGAGCCGUGGGAGCUCAGAGAUUGGGGACCAGCUGCUGGGCAUGACUGGAUACGGCCUCCUGUCUAUGGACCGCUUCUCUCCACUCACCAGGCUCAACAGGAGACAGGAAAGUGGAAGUGACUGUGUUCAACAUUUUGGGCAAACAGACUCACAACACAGAGUGUCUAUAACCAACACUGGAAUGAGCCCUGAUCCUCAGAAAAGUAUACAGGUCAAUGAGGCGCAGCUGAAGGAGAGACCAGGAGGCUUAUUCCAGUCCUCUCAAGGGUCCCGGCUGCACAGUGAGGCUAUCAGUUUCAUGAAAGGAGUGAUGGAUGAAUGCACGCACAUGGCAAACUUCUCCGUUCCUGUAGACCCCAGUCUCAUCAUUGUGGUCCAGGCCACUAUGGAUGCCUAUGUGCCCCGCACUGGAGUACUGAGCUUAAGGGACAUCUGGCCUGGCUGUGAGCAGUGUGGCUCCAAGAAAUAUUCAUCUGAAUCUGACCAAUCUGUGUGUAUCUCUCUCAGACAAGCCAUUUAUGAUGCGUUUGAAAGAUUCUGCCUGAAGUAUCCCCAACACUUCCACUGACCGGUCUUGGCUCUCCUGCACCAGGCCUGGAUGUGUGAUUUAUGAUGAACUGUAAUUCCUGCUAAUGCAGAAUGAGCAUGACUAACACUGGUGUACAUGCACCCAGCCCUUUGCCUGUAAGGGGAGAAGACACAAUAGCACAAAAUCUUUAAGUUUUUUGUUGUAUUUUUUUAACCUAAUUGCAGCUAAACACUUUCAUGUGCCAGUGUGAUUUCACUGAAUCACUGUCCUCACUGUGUUGACUUUUAACAAAGAUGAUUCAGUUACCAUUAAUACUGACCUGGCAUCCCUCCAUGUCCAUGUGACUGUCUCUAAUAAUAAACAUGAUGUUCAGAA